CAAGCUAGAACUCCAGAGGAGAAAGCACUUUGCACCAUAGGCAGAUAGCAAGAGAGAGGGCGAGAGGAGGAAGGCAGGAUCGGAGUGAGGGAGGGGGGAGAGAGGGAAAGAGAGGGUGGAGGAAGGGAGGAAGGAACAGAAAGUUUGUAUGCCCAUAAACCUUUUCUAACAAAAGUGUUGCAGCACCUGGUAGCUAGCUUUACUGACACAGGAGCGGGAGGUCUGCUCAGGGCUUAAAUAGCUGAGAGACAAUGGGAUAGCGCUGGAAAGUUAACAAUUAACAAUCUCAGCUUAAAUUUGGUAUGUGCAGGGAGCUGGAAACACAGCUGCUUCUCCCUUCAGCAAAAUCAGAAGGUCUCCUAGUUAAGGGAAGAACUUCUGUUAAAAUCUUAGUUUCUGAAAAUUAAGCAGCUUUAAGCUGAAUCAGUAUCAUGCAGUUAUGGUUUUAACCAGCCUGCUCAUAUUUAACCAUCUCUGCUCAUUUUGAAGAGUGAGACGGAGGGAGGCUAAUGAGGCUUUUAAUAAGCUUUUUACUUCUGUAAAUGAGAGUACAGGGCAAAAAAGGGAGCUGAAUUCAUCCGGCAGAAGACAAGCAGCAAGGAAGAUGGGUCUGUUAAGUGUGGAUUUGCUGAUCACGCUUCAGAUCUUGCCGGUCUUUUUCUCCAAUUGCCUCUUCCUUGCGCUGUAUGACUCUGUGAUCCUCCUGAAGCACAUGGUGCUGUUUCUGAGCCGCUCCAAGUCUGCGCGCGGUGAGUGGCGGAGGAUGCUGACCUCGGAGGGGCUGCGCUGCGUCUGGAACAGCUUCCUCCUGGACGCCUACAAGCAGGUCAAACUCGGAGGAGAAGCUCCAAACUCCAGCGUAAUCCACAUAGCCAAGGACAAUGAUGGCAGCAGUAGUGGCUGGAAGAGUGUUGGUGGCAAGUGUGGAACCAAGUGCCGUCUUCUGGAUUUUGCCAACUCUGAGCGGCCACUGGUGGUUAAUUUUGGCUCAGCUACCUGACCACCGUUCACAAGCCAGCUGUCUGCCUUCAGCAAGCUGGUGGAAGAGUUCUCUGGUGUGGCUGACUUUCUGUUGGUCUACAUCGACGAGGCUCAUCCAUCAGAUGGCUGGGCUGCUCCUGGUAUCUCCCCAUCUUCCUUUGAAGUUAAGAAGCACAGGAAUCAGGAAGAUCGAUGUGCAGCUGCUCACCAGCUCCUGGAACGCUUCUCUUUGCCACCUCAGUGCCAAGUGGUGGCUGACUGCAUGGACAACAAUGCCAAUGUGGCCUAUGGAGUUUCAUUUGAGAGGGUAUGCAUUGUGCAGAGACAAAAAAUCGCCUACCUGGGAGGUAAAGGCCCCUUUUUCUACAAUCUUCAGGAGGUUCGUCUUUGGUUGGAACAAAACUUCAGCAAAAGAUGAAAUCCAUUCUCUACAGAAGAUGUGUCAACAGAUGUGUCCCCUUAAGGUGAUGUAAAAGGGAAAUAAGGAAAAUAUAUGCUGGUUUGAAUAAGGUCUUUCAGGUGAUUGCAGGAGAACAAUCGAUAACAAGGUCAAAGUAGGAGAAGAACCAACUCACAUAAACAUUAUUGUUAAGAGAAGAGUCCCACUCCUGCACUCCCUAUGGGACAGGAAAGGUGAAGAGGCUCUGGAGGGAACAUACUGCUGGUGUGCAGGAAUAGAGACAUGGUAAUAUUUGUCUUCUAGAGGAACUCAUCUUGUGAAGUGUCGAUGCUGGGGUGAGCUGGAAGCCUUGCUACCUGCAAGACAGUCCAUGGACAGUAAAUGCUGUGCAUUUCAUCAAUAGCACUUCUUUACUUUCCUGUGGCCAAUGCAAGCAAUUUUGAAGAAGCCAGGGUCUUGCAAUGACUUUGCAUAGAAAUGCAGUCGAGUGUGGCAUUCCUCCUCUCUUGUUAAAGAUUUUCUUAUUUAGAGACUACACGAACCAUCAUGCAAUGCAUUCUGCAUGCACAUGAUUGCUCAGAUCAAGAUGAAACAUUGUAUGCUGGUAUCUGUACUCUCUAUGGACAUCUCUGCACAGCAUAUUAACGAUGCAACUCUAUCUAUAUGUUUGCAUUCAAUAGGUAGGCCUGUGCCUGCUGAAAAAGAUAUUAAAGUCUUUGAAGUUGUACCAAAAAGAGAAAGGUGAUCAGUUAAGCCACUUUGAAAACUAAAAUCUUGGACUGUUUGUAACAACACAGUAAGAAUCAUCUACUACUGGUAUCAUGAGACAAAACUCAGUUGAUGCCAUCUCCUGGUUCUCAGAGCUGGCAGCAGCAUGCAUUUAUCGAUAUUCUCUCAUUCUCUCUCUUUCUUUUCCCCCUUGAACUCUUUCUGUCUAGAACUAAUCUUAAAGAUUGCUUCAUUUUUAGGUUUUUUAAAAAUAACUUAUUUCUCUCUCUGUUUGUUGUUGUUUGUUUGUUUGUUUGUUUUUUAUUUUAGUUUUAUUUGAGUUAAUGACAAUACAGAUGCAUUUUGGGGAUGGGGGAUCUUAUAUACAACAUACUUUACCUCACUGAAAUGAAAAACUAUCCUGUCCCUUAACCUGUUAAAUGUAGUCAAGCUAAUUUUUGCUGUCUUAGAUACUUGCAAUCAGUUUAUAGAUAGAUUAGCUUAGCUGAAAGUGAAGUAGUUUGCAACCUCAACAUUAAUGAACUCCACUUCUGCUCUUGGAUGAGACAGUAAUCUGUGUUUGUUUCACUCAUGCUCUCAAGAGCUUUCUCAGAAAAGCAGGGAGGACGGUCUGUGUGAAUAAAUGUGAGUAAGUGUGAAAGAUGGCAGAAUUUUCAUAGGAAUGGGUCUGAGGAAUAUUUUUAAUUAUGUUUUAAGAAAUGAUGUCAGUGUAGAGUAGACAUUAAAUUUAGGAAUACUAAAAACUAAAAUGUUUUCAUUAACCCGAUAAAGGGGCAUGUUUACAAUGAGCUGUUAGAGCUUCGAUGUGAAAGCUCUUAAGAUGAGACUGACUAUCAAGUAUUUUCUCAGCUUUGACAGAAACAUGAAACAGAUAAACAGGAUAAGCUGGCAAAACUCAAAUUAGUUCCUUUAAUUUCUCAUCCUGCCAACUAUCAGGAAGACGAUGUAUUAGUACAAACAUAUGAAAGAACAAAAACAUAUGAAAGAGUAUGUGUGUGUUUAUGCAUAUAUUUAUGUAUGCAUAUAAAUAUACAUUGUAUGUUUGUAUGUAUGCAUAUGUAUGUAUGCAAGUGGUAUAAGUGGUGCCUAAGGCCAAUAAUAAUAAUCAUUAUGUCCUUCCAUUCAUUAAUGAUACUGUAACUCAUGGCUCAGCAUGAAAGAUUGCUGUUUGUCCUCAUGUCUAAAUGUGGUCACUGAAUUUUGAAAUCCCAAUAUUACAAAAGUAAUGACAUAGCUGAACUCCUUGGUUUAUUUAAUCCAGUGUCCUGCCUCUGACUGGAUCAGAUGCUUCAUGGGAAGGUGCAAUAAUUUCUUCUGGAACUUUUGUAAUUUUUAGAUGUUAUUGGUUUUGUUACAUCUAAUGUCAUCACUGAUGUCUCCUUAUCUCUAUGAGAGGCUAAUCCAGAAUUAUGAGACCUAGAUAUUUCUUGAAGUGUAAAUUCUAAAAUCAAACCCCAUUUUAAGAUUUGAAUUAGCUGCUCAGAUGUCAUUCUCAUCUCCUCCUCUUGUACAUCAGAAAGGUAUAAAAAACAGUGUUCUCAGUUUUCUUUUGUAUGUCAGUGCUUACAUUUUUUACAUAGAAAUUUACACAUUGGUUUACAUUUGGCUUAUUUUUUCUUAAGCCAAACAAUAAGUCACAUUGUAUAGGUUCAUAUUCUUUGCCUUUUUCUGAAUCUCUUCUGUUUUUGCUACACUGUUCUUUUACUCAGGUGAGUAGAGCUGUGAAUAUUAGUCCAAGUGAAAGCAUGCAUUGGUGUAUCCAGCACAGCAUCUUUUCCUUAGUAUAUUUUUAGUCAUCUGAAAGUUCAUAAAUCUUCAUAUCCUUUGUAAAACUCAGAGUAGCAAGUUUUUUCUUUCCAUCUUUUCUUCCCUAUAGUAUAGAUGAAAUCUCAACUGUUUAUUUGGGAAACGGUUAGCACAGCUGUUAAAACAUACCUUUAGCUUGGAGAAGGGAAUCUGACUUAGUUAUUCAAUUAGUUAAUACCUUUUUGUGUACCUAAAGUUCCAGUUAAUUUUCAAGUCCAUUUUCUUUUUCCUUUUGGAUUAUUGUUAUUUUGCUUUAGUGCAGUAUCUUGUUAUUCAUAGGUGCCUGUUCAUCACACAGUAUAAAGGAAUUAUAAAAUUGGCUUCUUUAAAUGGGAAAUCCACAAGGAUUUUUCACAAGAAAAAAUACACAAUAACUUAAUUUCUUUCUUGGCAACAUGAAUGCUUUACUCAGCCCAAAAUUUAAAGAUGGUUCAGCCUCAAUGAAUAUCAAGACGGAAAUACAUUCUGUAAAUGCUUAAAUUUCCCCAGGAAAUUUGCAGUCAGUAAGGAAGAGAAAUAUUUCAAAAAGAAAUAGGCUUAGAGUAAAAUAUAUGUUCUGUAAAGUGUGUGAUAGACAGACAAGGUCUUCAACUUUUUCUUGACAAGAUUGAAAUAUAGAAAAGGUUUGAAAUUAAACUCUAUACAAUUUCUGUAGUUGAUGAAAGAAGAGGCAUAUCAGAUACAUGAAAUUGUCACGUAACUGUGGUCUAUUUCAUAUCCAGGCAGAAUGUUUGCUACCUUGUUAGCAUUCUGUUUCAUCAUUAGUCUAGUCUACUGUGAGGUUGGAUUUGCUUUUAUCUUUUACUCUCACUGUUUGAGGGCACUAAACCACAUUACCCAAGGUGCUUCAGUAUGACAUACUUAUUGAGCAAUAGCUUGCCAAAUAGGUGCCUGAAAGUAUUUUGGAAGGCUAGUGUCUGUAAUAGAGGCUCUGAUACUGUGCCUCAAUAUUAGUAUGGGAAGCUUCCAGUGCUUUUUCUUUUUGAGCAUUGUAAAUAGCCAUUCUGGACUAUCAUUCUACUUUGUUCUGUGCUUAGCAUCAUUACUUAGCACUGUAUAAAAUGAAUGUAAAACAUUUUGUACAGAAAACAAUAGCAUUUUGCUGUUGCUUGUGUGGACAAUGACAUAAACUUAAGGCAGCAGGAAAGCAUGCUCUUCUUUAGAAAGAAGGAAAGAUAUUCCAAAACAUGUUGUUGAACAACUGUCUGAACACUUAGAAAAUGCAGCCAUUUGUAUGACAGUGAUCUUGGUGGGAAAAUCCAUAAAGCUUCUUGGAAAGGUAUCAGUGAUUCUUUCAGAUGUGUGUGGGGAUGGAGGUUAUGUUUCUGUAUGUGUGAAAGUGGCUUUUCUGUGAUGUGGAGUAUAGGUUUAAUGGUAUUUCAGACUUUCAUUCAAUACUAUAACCAAAGCAAUAAGAGGUAUCAGGUAGGGAAUACUGGCCAGUUUUGUUCAGCUCUACACCAUGUCAGUGCUGGAUCCAUGUUCAGUUACCUAUGGACCCAGAGACUUCAGAAAAGAGAGGGUGGGAUGAAACUGGAAUGCUUGUGUGUUUAUGAAGAGUACUAACAAAAGAGUAAUUGACUCAGUUAGUGUUCAGAUGCUCUCACACUGGUGUUCCUCUAUGCACCUUGGUGCCUCUGUGUUUGAAAAGAGGGGAGUCUCUUUAAGGGCCAUUAACAACAUUUCUGGGGUGUAGAUGCCUGUGUGUACUGAUUAUGUGUGUCAUUGUUUAAAUGUCAAAAAUAGGAGAACCAGCAAAAUUUUGUUACAUUAUGGUGCUCCAUGAAAUAUGCUUUCUUGAUUUCUUUUAUUUUUUCUCUCAUAAUAAACUAUAAACAAAAACA